AUGCCAAUAAACGAUGGCGAUGAGCCUGUCGCGCCGACCAAGCUCCCUUACUGGCGCAUCGUUGCCGACCAAGCAGGCAUCACGGCAGAGGUAGCCAACUACGAAUACCAAGGCUCCGGUACUGAAGACGACCCCUUUCUGGUUCAAUGGAUUCCCAACGAUCCCCGAAAUCCUAUGCUCUUCAGCCAACCGACGAAAUGGUUCAUCACCUUCAUGGUGUCCCUCACAACACUGGCGGUGGCUCUGCUGUCUUCCGCAUAUACCGGAGGUAUCAAAGAGAUCAUUGAAGAGUUCCAAAUCUCCCAAAUCGUAGCCACACUCGGCGUCUCGCUCUUCGUUCUAGGUUUCGCGAUUGGGCCGCUCUUGUGGGCAGGUCUCAGCGAGCUGUUUGGCCGCCAGUAUCUCUUCUUCGGCACGUACGCGGUGUUGACGGCGUUUAACGCUGGCGCUGCUGGGGCGAACAGCGCCGCUACAUUGCUCGUCCUCCGCUUCUUCGCAGGCGCUUUCGGAUCGUCACCUCUCGCCAAUUCGGGCGGUGUCAUCGCAGACAUAUUCCCAGCAGCCGAGAGAGGUCUGGCAAUGGCGCUGUUUGCGGCUGCGCCGUUUCUCGGCCCGGUCCUUGGCCCGAUAAUAGGAGGAUUCCUCGGCCAAGCAGCCGGGUGGCGCUGGGUCUUGGGGUUUCUGGCGGCCUUUUCUGGUACGCUUUGGCUGCUGGGAACUGCACUUGUUCCCGAAACAUACGCUCCCUACUUGCUUCGUCAACGAGCGGUAAAGUUGUCUAAGAUGACGGGGAAGUGCUAUGUGAGCAAGGUGGAGCGUGAUCAGGGCAAGGUCAGCUUGGCGGAGUCCUUCAAGACAGCGCUGUCGCGGCCCUGGAUCUUGCUCUUCCGAGAGCCCAUUGUUUUGCUCUUGUCACUCUACAUGGCGAUUAUAUACGGCACCUUGUAUAUGCUUUUCGCGGCCUUCCCUAUUGUUUACCAACAAGAGAGGGGUUGGUCUCAAGGAGUCGGAGGGCUGGCAUUUCUGGGAGUGAUGGUAGGAAUGAUAUUCGCCAUCAUCUAUACGAUACCGGAAAACGGGCGUUAUCAGCGGGUGCAGGCAAACAACGACGGCUUCGCACCCCCGGAAACCCGUCUCCCGCCGGCCAUGGUUGGCGGUGUUGCGAUCCCCAUUGGCCUCUUCUGGUUUGCGUGGACGAACCAAGCAUCAGUUCACUGGCUCGCCAGUAUCGCUGCCGGCGUGCCGUUUGGCUUCGGAAUGGUUUUGCUCUUCUUGAGCGUCAUGAACUACCUGAUCGACGCAUACACCAUUUUCGCGGCGUCUGUUUUGGCAGCCAACUCGGUGAUUCGCAGUUUAUUCGGCGCCGCGUUUCCCUUGUUCACGUCCUACAUGUACGCGGAUCUCGGUACCAACUGGGCGUCUUCCAUUCCGGCUUUCCUGGCGCUUGCUCAGAAGCGUUCAUGGCUCGGCUUCGCCAACAAGACGCCUCUGGCUCGGAGAAGGAACCUGAACAAACUGCUUCCACAGAAGCUGCGGUUGAAGACGACGCAAGCUCCGAUGAUUCAUCUCACUCAAGCCGACGGCGGCAAAGGCCUCGGACAAUGA